AUGAAGUCUACUUCGCUUGCUCACUUGAUCCCCCUGGCCACUCUGGGUCAUGGUCUCUCGAUUUCCUUGCCUCCUCUGAUUCCACACAUCCCCGGUGUGACUGAGGCCUUGAACAACAUUGUCCCUCCUCUGCCGAUUCUGCAGGUUCCUACGGCCGCCGUGGACAGUCCGCCCUUUACGCCCAGUAACAUUAAGCCCAAGAAAAUUGGCUACUUCUGGACUGGUGCCGGUGACAAACACCACAAAGAUUUCCUUGCUACCUACAGUCUGGACGAUGACACCUUUGGAACUUUGAUCUAUGUCACGGAUGUUCCCUCCAGCGGCAAUGACCCGCACCACCUGGGCCCUUCUCUCGACGGAAAGACUCUAGUUGGCGGUGGUCUUCUAUCUUUACUGAAGACACAGGACACUGCCUUUUACUUUGACACUUCGAAUCCCUAUCGCCCUACAUUCCUGAAGAGCAACCGCGCCAUCCUCUCGUCCAUCGCUGACGAGAUCCGCGCGAAGCCUGACGGUGGCUUUUAUAUUACUUACAUGGGCUCUGCGCUAGGCACUAGUCCUGGCCGUCUUGUUGAAACCGAUGCCGAUUUCAACAUCAUCCACGAGUGGCCGGAGGAUGUAGAAGGCGUGCUCAACAUCCUUGGCGAUCAAUUCUCCCCUCACGGUCUGGCCAUCGACUGGGAGAGAAAGCUCAUCCUGACAUCGGACUUUGUGGAGCCGAUCAGUAUCCUUAAGCCCAGUCUUGGAAUUCGGAAGGCUGAUACGCUGCGUCUGUGGGAUUUGGAUUCGAAGAAGAUCAUCAACACCAUUACCAUUCCUGGGGGCGGCGGCAUCCAAGACGUCAAGUUCAUCCCUGGCAACAAAGAAGGCGCUGCCAUCGCUACAGCCGUGCAUCUAGGCCAAGUCUGGAUUAUCUACCCUGAGCGUGAGGACAGGAACGGCAAGCCCGGCGUCGCUGAGCUCCUCUACGACCUCGGUCCCAAAGCCCGCGACACCGUGGCGAUCUACACCGACAUCACCCAAGACGGCCUUUUCCUCUACCUGACCCUCACAACUGGAAACCAUAUCGCUGCUCUCGACAUCUCCGACCUCGACAAUGUAAAACGUCUCGACGACCCAGAUGAAGACCAGCCCACUAUUGGCCCGCACUAUAUCAAGGUCACGCCAGACCAGAAGCACCUCGUCGUCACGGAUUACUUUGUGCAGACCGGCGAUAUUGGCCUUAUCAACACCCCUGCUGACUUUAAGGCGCUGUACAUCGACAUUAAUGAUGACGGGAGCCUGAGCUUCAACCGCUCGAUUGACUUUAGCAGGGAAUUUGCGAACCGGGGCGGUGCAAAGCCCCAUUCUACUGUUGUUUUUGACUUUACUGACCCUGAGAAUCCUCUUUACUAUUGA